AUGGAACAUGUCGAUCACGUUCCUCUGAUUCUAUCGAAUGAUCGAUGCCGUAAUGGUGAAGUUCGAGAAAACCGUCAAUUUUUUUUGGUGACCCGCAAAGUGUUUGGAGAUAAAUCUUUUACCUUAAGCUUACUGGAGACAGUGAUAUCGACUCAUCGAUACAUUCACACUGAUCUAUCAUGCUUACGGCUACGCAUAGGGUUUCUACAAGCAAUUGAGAACGAACAGCACGAAGGGCUCAAACACCUGUUCGAAUCGAUGAGUUGCUGUGAAAAAUGCAUAUUGGAUAGUAAUUAG